AUGGCGGCGGAACAGAGAAAGCUGCUCGAGCAGCUCAUGGGAGCCGACAAUCUCGUUGGCACCGGAACACCCUCGCGUAAUGCCCAGCUAUCCAUUACCGAUUCGAAAGUCUGUCGCUCGUACCUCGUGGGAACUUGCCCGCACGAUCUCUUCACGAAUACCAAGCAGGACCUCGGUCCUUGUCCCAAGGUGCACAGCGAAGGUCUGAAGACGGAGUACGAGCUUGCGUCUGCAGGGGAGAAGGCGAAAUGGGGUUUCGACUUUGACUACAUGCGCGAUAUGCAGAAGUAUAUCGAUGAUUGCGAUCGGAGGAUCGAUUCUGCUCAGCGGCGGUUGGAGAAGACGCCGGAUGAGAUUCGACAGACGAAUAAUUUAUUGAAACAAAUCUCCGACCUCUCCAAAACAAUCAACACAGGUCUCCUCGAAGUCUCCGUCCUGGGAGAAACAGGCUCCGUCGCCCUCGCCCUCAAUGAACUCCACAAGAUCCGCACCGCCAAACACCAGAAGGAAACCUGCGAGCGCGAACUCAAGAACCUCCAAGACACCUCUGGCCCCUCCGGCCACCAGAAACUGCAAGUCUGCGACGUGUGCGGCGCCUACCUUAGUCGACUGGACAACGACCGCCGUCUGGCGGACCACUUCUUCGGAAAGAUGCACAUGGGAUACUCGGACAUGCGCAAGACUUGGAAGAAGCUUAGUGAGGAGCUUAAGGGACGGCCGCCGCCGGUUCGGCACCAUGAUGAUGAGGAUGGUGGUUGGGGAGGUGGCGGUGGUGGACGGUCUGGUGGUGGUAGAGGGCCGAGGUAUGGUGGUGGUGGAUAUAGAAAACGGGGACGGUGGUGA